AUGUUGCAGCUGAAAUGCUCCAACGCGGCCCUGAGCGGCAAGCUACUGGAUGUGGCCGGUGGCGCGGGUAAAGAGCUGCUGCGGUUGGCUGGGUUCCAGGAUUCGGCGGAUGGAGAGUUCCUGAAGUUGGACACGGCGCCCGACGGGCGAUGCACCAGCAUCUUCGAGAGGCUGCAGACCGUGGCCAACGAGGAAUGGGAGAAGCAUGUACGCGAGGAGCGGGACGCCCGCAUCAAGGCAGAGAUGGAGAAGGACAAGGCCAAAGGCCCGACCAUCCGCGGAGGAGACGAGAACGGGCGCACGCAGAUCGGCCGUUCUCGACGCGGGGGCGGCUGA